AUGGCCCUAACAUCUGUCGAUGAUAAUGUUAUCGGACCCAAGCCACCGCCGAAAGGUGAGGCUCAAUUCAUGGACAAUUGUCUUCUCGACGACCCAUCACAGAUUGUGCCCCAUGUUCAUGUUGCUCGACGAGACCUCAAGGCCCCCGCCAGCGGAAUUAUACCACUCAUCGGGUUCUGGAUCAGUGAAUUCCGAACAAGAGAGCGAGCCAGAUCCGAAAUCAUAGCAGUGGCUGACAGUGGCAUUGACACUGGUCAUCAUGCUCUGAGACAUCAUGGGGCCGGUUUAGCUACUGCAACUAGGUCGUACCGGACGGAUAACUCAAUCAACGACGUGACUGGACAUGGAACACACGUGGCAGUCUCCCUUGUUGGAGAGGGCGACUCAACGGAUUUCGGCACCAUCAAAGGAGUUGUUCCAAAGGCACAACUACAUUUUCAGGUGGUGUGGUCAAUACCGCCUGCAGUGGGAUCUGCGCAGAUACUAAUUCGUCCGUCGGCUAUGCUAGCAACUGACCCGGGAGCGGCAGGAACAACAACAACAAUGCUAACUGUCCUCGACGAUGCAUACAACCAGGGAGCGCGAAUUCACAGCAAUUCCUGGGGCAAGGGUAUUCGUCAGCGGCCUGGCGGCGCACCUGGCCAAAUGGAACAGAAUUUCUAUACCGCUUACUCAGCAGACAUUGACCAAGCAAUGCUAAAUCAUCGGGAUCUUUUGGUGAUCUUCAGUGCCGGUAAUGACGGGGAGGUGCCAACGCCGAAUAACCGGCAGAUUGGCUCAGCCGCGGCUGCGAAGAAUUGUAUCACUGUGGGUGCCUGCGAGACGAGCCACACGACGAGUUUCGAUUCAGCAAGAUCAGUAGAUACGACAAGAGGUCGUGUGAGACUGCAGUAUAAGUUUGACUCGACGCAACCGAUCGGAAACUUCAACAACGUUAUCGGUUUCAGCAGCGUGGGACCGACAAGAGACGACCCUGGGACUGUCCCGCCAACCCACCCACGUAUCAAACCUGACGUCGUUGCUCCCGGCACAUGCAUCUAUUCAGGAAAGACUUCAGAUCCAGCGUUCCAAUUUUUCCCUACAAUUGCCGCACCUGCCAAUCCCAACACCACCGGUUUCAGGCGAGACGAGAGGUGGAUGUUCCGAUCUGGCAGCAGCCAGGCAGCUCCACUGGUAGCUGGUUGUUGUUCCAGAAUAAGAGUUCACCUCAGGCAGAGGCUUGGGGAUUUUAUCCCGGCAGCCCUUGUGAAAGCUAUCUUGGUCAACGGCGCGGAACCCAUUAACCCUGCCUUAGUAACCGCGAGCCGCGGACGUGCCCUAGCCCCCAGACCUCUUCCAAAUGGCGUGGCGGGUUUCGGCAGAGUCAACCUGGUAAACUCUCUGUUGUGUAUCAAAGACUCAACAAAGGGCGGCUUCUUUCCACCACAGCUCACGACCUCUCCGCCGGUGAACGUAAUGACCGCAGCAGGACAGACGACGCCAGUCCGGAUAACUAUCCCGAAGCGCGGCUUGACGCUGAAAGUCACAAUGUGCUACACAGACCCGCCUUGCCCAAUGCCCGGACCGCCCUUCAACCUAGUCAACGUUCUCAACCUCUACUAUACCGAGCCAGGUGGCACGCGCAAGUACGCCAACACACACACUUCAAUUCCCGACGGCAUGAAUAAUGUCCAAAGAAUAAUUGUGGAAAGAAUCAAUCCGGGAACAUAUGACUUCAUCGUGACUUGCGACACAUUUGUGUCGAACCAGGAGUUCUUUGUCGCUUGGACCGCAUCUUGA